CAGCAGAUGUUCAAGUUCCAACCGACAAAAGAUACGAUGUUCGUGUAAGCGUUGGAUCAGAUCCUUCCCAAUCCAGAGGUGCCCCAGUUACUUCAUUGUUGAAAAACUCUAACCAGGAGAGCAACGCAAUGGCGACACAACCAAGUGAAGAACAAGGAAGUUCGAAUCAUGCGGAAGAACCUGCAGAUAUUGAAAAUGUUGGUGGAGGCGUUGGAUCAGCUCCUUCUCAAUCCGGAGGUGCUCCAGUUACUUCAUUGUUGAAAGACUCUAACCAGGAGAUCAAGGCAAUGGCAACGCAAACAAGUGCAGAACAAGGAAAUUCGAAUCAUGCGGAAGAACCUGCAGAUAUUGAAAAUGUUUGUGGAGGCGUUGGAUCAGCUCCUUCUCAAUCCGGAGCUGCUCCAGAAAUAUCAGAAGAGGAAGUAGAAAGACGCUAUUACCGACCAUUGUUGCAAGCUACAUUCAGGGGCGAUUGGGAAUCUGCUAAAAGAUUUUUCGAAAGAGAUCCUGCUUCAAAGACGGCCAGAAUAACAAGCAGAUCAGAAACGGUGCUUCACGUAGCCGCUUUGAGUGCGCGAGACCAAUUUUUCGAGAACUUGGUUGAGCUCCUGUCUUCAUAUCCAGGAGCGCUUGAAAUGGUUGAUUGUGAUGGCCGCACAGCCCUCCACAAUGCUGUCCAGUGUGGAAGGAUAAAGAUGGUCAAGGCAUUAGUUAGACGUGAUCCAGGAUUGACGCAACUUCCAGAUUGUAGACAACGUUUUCCUUUCGAGAUAUCUACUCACGAAGCUUCUACGCAUAAGGAGAUUGCCUGGUUCCUGGCGAAAAUUACAAUAGAACAUGGGCCAAGGCCCUUCUGCCGUGACUAUGCGAUUAAUUUGAUUUUAGAUCUCACCUAUGCUGGUCAUCAUGAUAUCACCCUUUAUCUAGUUGGGAAAUGCCCUCAUCUACUUACCCAGAAAAGAAGGAACUUAUCUGUGUUGGGCGUGUUGGCGAGGAUGCAGUCUCACUUUCUCAGCGUAACCAGGCUCGGUGUUUUGGAAGCAUUGAUUUUCAAAUGUAUUCCUGUGGACUUGAACUAUGAACCAACAUAUGAAAAUUCAAGGAAUAUGCAAACGUCAGUGGAUUCAGUGCUUCAAUGUCUUGCAAGUUUACUUUGGAACGCCGCCAAAAUUCUAGUUCCUCCAAUCAAGAGGAUUCACGAGGUAAAGCUGAAACAUGGGGCAGCAGUCGAGUUGGCAAAACAAGUUUGCAUUGCCAUUUCUUACAUGAAACCUACCGAAAUCACCGAGUUUUUCCUGGAGAGGAACCUACUGGGUAUUGCUACAACCAAGGGAAACAGUGAACUCGUGAAGAUAUGCAUUCAAUUUUUCCCGGAGCUCAUUCGGAUUUCGCCUAAUGGUGAGAGUUUGAUGACACUUGCUGUGAAGUCUCGCAAAGAAAGGAUUAUCUCACUCUUUUUGAAGGUAAGCUCAACCAAUGAGUUAUCAUUAGUGCCAGCGCCCACACGGGAAGAAGCGGAAAGGAUGAUGCUCGCAGCAGCGAAGUUCGACUCUGAUUUUGAUGCUGUAACUUAUGUCUCCGGAGCAGCCUUUCAAAUGCAAAGAGAACUCCAAUGGUUUAAAGCUGUGGAAAGGUGGCUUUUCCCUGAUUUUGGAACCUUCAAAUACGAAGGGAAAGCAUACUGGCAAAUAUUCACGGAGGAGCACAAAGAGUUGCUUGAGAAAGGAGAGAAGUGGGUGAAGCACACGGGAGAUAAAUGUAUGCUCGUCUCAACUCUAGUUGCCACAGUAUUAUUUGCUGCUGCUUUCACUGUGCCUGGAGGCAAUAACAAUGCUGGAUUCCCAUUGUUGCUAGGACAAGAUUCUCUCCUGAUUUUCGCAAUUUCAGAUGCAUUAGGUUUGUUCUCCUCCGUGACAUCCAUCUUGCUAUUCCUAGCCAUCUUAACUUCGCGGUAUGAUCCGGAAGAUUUUCUUGACUCGUUGCCUCAGAAGAUCAUUAUGGGCCUUGUUUCUCUCUUCCUCUCCUUGGCUUUCAUGCUAGUCGCCUUCACUGCAACUCUCACAAUUGUACUGGAAAAGAGACUGGAGUGGGUUUUCAUUCCCAUCACUUUGCUGGCCUCUAUCCCGGUGUUUUUAUUCGCACAACUACAACUGCCCUUGCUAUUCCAAAUGGUGAAAUCCACUUAUGGGCCUAGCAUCUUUCGUGCUGAGGACAUUUGGGAGUGAGGCAUAAUUAUUGGACGAGCAUUUGAUUGACGAAUUUGAUUCAAGGGUAUAGGUAUCCAUUACAGUUGGUUGUAGCAGGGAAAAAGCGAUACUUAAUGUAUUUCCUCGAACUCCAUGAAUAAUUACUAUGCAAAACUAUGUUUCUCUUCCUUGUG